CGCACAUUUAUUAGGGGUUUUACUCGAUCAGGACAACCGAGGAAAUUCAACGACAGCUUUUGGAUACUGCUCUGCUGCGGACAAGAAAAAGGACGGUAGGAGUCUGGUAUAUACAUAUAACAGAUGAAAAAUACCACGUCGCUUCAUUUGCUUCUAAUCCAGUUGACCCUUUUCCAUUGACAAUGAGGUAUGAGUGACCUUCUUAUUACAACUGCGGUUUUAUAGUUACAGCAUAGGUAGUUAUUGUAGUUACAGUACUAAUCAUUAUUAAGCGUCGGAGUUGCAGAAGAGGUUCUCACGUAUAACGGGGUGAAAUGACUGCAUGUAGAAGUGUGAAUGUCGGAAGACGUGUGGUUUCUGUGUGUUUUCUAAACUAGUGCGCGGAUCAAAUGAUAAUUUCCUUGCUCAACAUUGCUGUACCAUAUAUUGUUUUCCAUACAGCUAAAACCGCAGUUUCCACUGGCAUUAAUUAUUUUAGCAGAGCAAGAAGGAUGAGCUCCACGCUGCAGCGACAGUUGAGUCACCUUUUUGUAUUCUGGAAGUGGAAGAGGAGAGCGGAUGUUUGUCUCUUCCCAGCUGCUGGAUUUUUCUGCGGGAAAGCCUGGUCCACUUCAGUAGAACCAGUAGAUCCGACUGAGUUCCACAAGAGGAAGCUGUUCCUAUGGUUCAGCCAUCUUCCCCAGGAAGAGAAGCAGUUUGGAGGAUUCUUUAGCCCAGAGACAAUGCAUGUGGAUCCACUAAUCUUGGAGAGGAAGCCAGAGGAAAGAGCCGGACUCCUUGGCUCCACCCUGAAAAAUCAGGAUUCCUCCGGCCCCUCCAUUACUGUGGAGCAGCUCUUUGAAAUCAGUGAAGACCAGCCUGAAGAUAGAGGACUCAACGUGCUGCUGUACGGGGCAGUGGGAACUGGUAAAAGCACAGUUGUCCGAAAGCUGGUGCUCGAUUGGUGCGCUGGGACCAUGCUGACUGACUUCAAACUGCUGAUUCCUUUUUCUUGUGAGGAUCUUGGCGAGCUAACAAAGGUUGCGUCUUUAAGAGACCUGGUCAGCAGGAAGUACCUCCACUUGAAAAAAAACCCUCUGUUGAAUGGGGAGGGCAACCAGGCCAAAGACGUUCUCUUCUUAUUCAAUGGGAUGGAAAAGAUGAAACUGGACUUCCGGAUUGGCUCCACAGAGCUUUGCAGUGACCCAAAUGAGCCGCUGCCUGCAGGUGCAGUGGUGGUCAACCUUCUCCGCAAGUACCUUCUCCCUGAGGCCAGUGUUUUAGUGACCACCAGGCUGUCUGCCUUGGAUCGCAUCCCUCCAAAAUAUGUGAGUCGCUAUGCACAGAUUUGUGGCUUCAAAGACCCGAACCGUCAGCGUGCCUACUUCACCAGCCGUCUCCUGCAGCAGAGUGGGGAAACUGUGCAGGCACAUAACGCUCAGGCUCUCAUAGAGCUGCUUUACCUCAAUCUCCAGAGGGAGAGCCAGCUGGCUGCAGCCUGCUUUCUGCCUUCUUACUGUUGGCUCACAUGUGCCACCUUGCACUUCCUGCAUUUCACUGACGCCAUGGCACCCAUCCGCACUCUGACUGGCAUAUAUACCAGUUUCCUCAGGCUCAACUUUGGUGGGGAGGUACUGGGCAAAACUACUGGAGCGAGUGGACCCACUCAGGAUCUCCACAGUUCUUUGAUGUUGUAUGUUGUCCGCACAGUUGGCAAACUAGCCUAUGAAGGCGUGACAUACAAACGCACCUCAUUCUCAGAACAGGAGCUGGAGCAGUGGAUCGGAGGAAAGACCAAGACGGACGAGGAGUUACGUCAGCUGGCUGUCUUCAGGACUGAUGUGCUGGACUUUUUUCUCGCUCCCUGUGUUGAAAGUUGCAAGCAUUUACCCACAGAGCUUUGUGAACAUGAUGAGAGGCGAUAUGUAUUUGCUGUUCCAGCCAUGCAGGAGUACCUGGCGGCACUCUAUGUGGUUCUCGGGGAGAAUAAAUCUGCGCUGGAGAAGCUGACCAAGCAGGUGUCUGUUGCCAUUGGUCAGGCCACUGAGGACGUUAGUGCGGUUGUCAAUAUCUUUUCCAAGUUCAUUCCACUCAGAAUCUUUGCUGUCUUCAACUUAGUCAAGCUUUUUCCAAAGCUUUAUGAGAAAAUCAGUACUCAAAACAAGGGCAACAUUGCCAGGACGAUGGCCGCUGAGCUGUUCCGCAAGGAAGAUAGCUACAAUGAGGACGUUCUGGAUCAGGUUGAGCAAAGCCUCCUGGGAGUACAUGGUCCACCAUCACAACAACAAUCCGAGGUUCAGCCUUUUGAGCUCUACCCCAUCUUCAUGGGUGGACUCUUGCAUUAUGGCAACAGAGUCCUUCUUCAGCAACUUGGAUGUAGCAUCCAGAGUGCCACUGUGGCUCAGAUCACACGAGCUCUUCGGAAAUACCUUGUUAGAGAAAUCAACAAGCCACAGCCACCAGAGGAGUUGAUGGAUCUGUUGGUCCUUCUGUAUGAGUUUCAAAAUCCCCGGCUGACUGCAGAAGUCCUGGCCUCCAUCCGAACCAUCCGCCUCCACAACAUACACAUGACCUCACUCAAAUGCUUUGUUUUGAGUUCUGUGCUCUCAUGCGCCCCUCCAAGUUAUCAACUGGAAGAGUUGGACCUCUCCUCCUGUCUCCUAACUCGGGACAUGCUUCAGAUUCUGUCGCCUGCCUUUAGACACACUCGGAACCUCAAUCUGCAGUUUAAUAGCCUUGGUCCCGACUCCUGCAUCUUCCUGAGAGAUCUACUACUUGACUCCAAAAGUUGUGUUAGAGCGCUACAACUAUGUGACAACCCACUGCUAGACUCUGGUGCGUGCGUUCUUUUGGAGGCCCUUCCGCAGAACCUGACCUUGAGGCAUCUGACCCUGAUGCACACCGGACUAGGGGAUCAAGGGGCCCUCGAGCUGGCUGAGAGACUUCAGCAGCACACUGGACUCCAGGAGCUCAACGUUGCCUAUAACAACAUCGGAGACAACGCUGCUCUGGCCCUAGUGGAUGUUUGCAGGGAACAUCCCAGCAUUCACACUGUGCAUUUGUACCUGAACCCUCUGAGUGAUGUCGGCAAGCAGUCCCUGUACGUCCGAGGCAUCGCCAAGAGCCAGAGCAGCAGUGGGCGGCGAGUCAGGGUCCUGGCAGCUGUCACUGAGGGAUCUGACCUCUCAGAUGACUGGCACCCCAUUCUCAGUGUGAUUCGCGAGAAUGCAUCAUCCUGGGACAGGGAACGUGUCAAACAGCAGCUUAAGCGAAUUGCUGCGGUCGUCAUGGUGGGCACUGCUGGUUUGCAUGAUGAAGCGAUCGAAAGAUCCUUCGAGGAACUCUUCGAGUGGAUCCACAAUGGUAUCUUGGCGUCAACAAAAAAAAAACAAAUCAAUAAUAAUAAGCCCCGUAAUCAGAGAAAAAAAACAAUGGAUGAGGAGGAAAUUAAGACGAGUUUGCGAAUCUGAUUUUGCAGCGUAGCCGGCAAAAUUUCGGCUGGGAAAUCUCGCAGACUCGCAGUGUCAGAGCAUGUCGCGGUGUCCAUGGUCUAGAAAGUGAGUAUUUCUAUGUACAAUACACAGUAAGUUGGUGCACUUUGCUUAACUGCAUAAACCCUUUAAUGUACUGUAUAGUACAACUUUUGUAUUAUUUUUUUUUCAUCAUUAGUUUACUCUGAUGACCUGCAUUGAAUGGAAUCAGCCAAAAAUGUGUCAUCCAGAAAAGAGCUGCAGAUAGCCAGAAUCAAGCACACCUUCAAAUGAUCAUCAGUCAUGUUGGAACAGUAUUUGGAUUUCAUAAUCUUCAUGUGGGAAAAGGCUGACUCGUAUGAAUGAGCAGAGCCAAAUAAUGUAGUCAAGGGGGUAGCACAUAGCCUCAUGUUGGGUGAGUACCGGUAAAUCCAUGAGCCCUGGACUUGACCUCAAUGUUACAGUCAGCUUGUCGUGUCAAAACCUCGUCCUUCACUCCAGACGAGUUCAGAUGAAACAGUUAUGCAAUAAAUAAAUGUCAGUCUUCCCGAAAAGGGUAGCACAUGAAUGUAGCGACUCGCUCCAAUAAAGCAACUGGAAUUUUUUUUCACCUCUCUCUUUCCCAGCUAAUUUAUCAGAGGAAAGUCGGUGUCAUAUUUUUUUUACAAAUAGUCUGAGAAUUCUGCUCCACAUUUCUCUUCUUCAGAAUAGCAAUGGUAGACUUGCAAAUGGGGCACUUCGAAUAGGGCAUUGUAAGGGAAAAAGUCCUCCUGCCAUUCUGUAUGGAAGUAGUAGGUGCUUGUCCUGUAUGUCAAUCAAUUGACAAAAGCUAUAGUGAAGCUGGCCGAUAGGCUGAUGUAUAUAUAUAUUUUUUAAAGCCAUGCGAUCAACCCACACGAUCUGUGCGAUCGACAUAAUGGGCAUCCCUGAAAACAGUAUGCGUUUGUGUCCAUUUAAAGGUUUUGGUACUUCUCUUGAGUUGAGUUUGCUUUUGGCAUAUUUCUGAUACAUAGACUUUAAAGUCUUAUGUUAUGCACCUUGUGCAGUGGAAACUCCAAAGUCGAAUGACUCUCAAGUCAUAUAGUUUGGAGUUCAUCCAAAAUUUUCAUUUAAAAAAAAAAGAAAAAAAUGCCCCACAGGGCAAUAGGGUCCAAGUAAGGGCAAAAAAAAAGAGUAGUGAUGACUGUGGAGCCGGAAAUUUAACCUGUUGCAACUUUGGAUGAUACAAUAUGACUAACGCAAUAACUGAACUCUACAUCAGUGAUAAAAAGAAGAUGACGUGUACAUCCCAAAUGUAAAUGUGGAGUUUCAACUUUUCAAAACAUUUCAACUUUCCAAAUUUCUGCAUUGAGGAAUUAACACCUGCACAGGCAGUCAACUUUAUCAUUAGGUACAGCUGGAGCGGUCCCAAGUAUUAAAACGUAUUGCCUGUAAGUACCCUGUCAGCUGAUUGCUAGCAGAGUGAUUAAAUUCAUGAGUUAGAUUGUGUUUGAUAAGGAUGUGAUUGUCAGUCAUCCAUUCUUCUC